AUGACCGGCUCAGAAGACAGCACAACGGUCUCGUUUUUCUCUCUACCGGGUUUGCCGGGGAGAAUAGGACAUGGAGUGAAUGAGGAGGAUUGGAGCGUGAGCAACACCAUUCCUCAUCCUGACGUCGUUGUCUGGGCUAAGGGUCUACUUCACGAGCGGCUCGAGGCGGUGUGUGCGGGAUACGCGCUGCACCAGCUCUUAUCGUCCAAGCUCUCCCCCGCCGAACCCAGCAGCUCCUCCCAAGACUCACAGGAAUCUCAAAGAACAGAGGAAGUACAGCAAGCGCAGCAAGCUCCGUUACGGCUGGCCGUGCUGUGGCUGCCGGACGCAGGCAUGCCGCACGCCGCACUCAACCACGUGCUGGGGCCGCUGCCUCGCCCCAGCGCGCUCUCCUCUCCGCAAGGCUCUCAGCAGCAAAACGAUGGGCAACAGCAGCAGCAGCCGCAGCAGCAGCAGCAGCAGCAGCAGCAGCAGCAGAAGAAAGCGUCUUCCGGUGCAGCUGACUCGUCUGACGAGACUCUGGUGCUCCUGCAUCACCCAAGUUGGCUCAACUCGCCGCUCUACACCUAUGGGGCGGACCUCAUCCGCGCGCAGGCCUCCGCCAGGGGCAGCUCCCCCCGCAUGCGCGACGUGCUGGUCGCCCCUGAGAGCUUCCCGCGGGGGGAAACGCCACUGGGAAUCGGGGGGGAUAGGCGGAGUGCGGGGAAGGAGGGUGGAGAGGGGAGUGGGGGAGGAGAGGGGAGAGUGUUUGAGGAGGAGAGGGGGUUGUGUGAUGCGCCGAGGAUACUGCCUGUCACGGAGCACCGCAUUGGAAGGCAACUCAUCGUUGAUGAGGACGUGGGCAUGGUGUAUUGCUACGUGCAGAAGGCAGGGUGCACGAGCUGGAAGGCUUGGCUUCGUUUCUGGUGGAGGGAGCACUUUCCAGUUGCUUUACCUCCUCGUUUCCUUCCCUUCCCCUCCUUCCCGUCCCCUCCUCUCGCUCCACCAGAGGACGUGGGCAUGGUGUAUUGCUACGUGCAGAAGGCGGGGUGCACCAGCUGGAAGCUUCCUUGUGCCCUCCUCCACUCCCUGAGAUUUCAUUCUUUCCCCUUCCUCGUCCUCUUCCCUCCCUUCUCCUCACCAGAGGACGUGGGCAUGGUGUAUUGCUACGUGCAGAAGGCAGGGUGUACCAGCUGGAAGUUCUGGCUGCGCGAGCAGCACCACCACCCCUUCCCCAAGUCCUUCCUCUCAGCCCACACCGCCCAUUUCACCAACGUCAGUGCCGUCUGGUACUCUCUAACCGAGCCACACGCCAUACGCUCCCUCACCCGCCGGGACUUCACUCGCUUCGUGUUUCUUCGGAACCCAUACACCCGCGUUCUGUCGGCGUAUCUAGACAAGAUGCUUCGUGGGGGCGGCCCGGACGAUCUCGGGGCAGGGUUCUGGGCGCAGGCUUUUUUCGGGCAGCUGAUCACGCACUCUUUAUGGGAUGCUGUGACGUUGCGGUCAGGCCCGGGAACUGCCCGGCUGCGGAGUAUCUGGGAGGUGAUUCAGCUGCGGACGGGGUUUCGAAUCACUUUUGAUGAAUUCGUGGAUUUUCUGGGAGAGGCGUGGGAGAUAGAGAGUCGAUUCCACCUGGAUGUUCACAUAGUGCCGCAGACUCUACUGUGUGCUUUGGACCGGAUAAAGUAUGACUUUGUGGGGAGGUUUGAGAGCAUGGAUGAAGAUGUGAUGACGCUGAUGCUGCGGUUCGGGAGGGAGCCUGGCGAUGCGUUCAGCUUUGGGAAGAAGCUUCAGAAGACCAAGUCCCGGGGCCGCAUGAGCGAUGCCUUCGCCAAUAAGAAAACCUUUGACACGGCACGCUCGCAGAGGGAGGUGCUGUUGUAUUUCACUGCCUCCUCUCGGGGAAAGAGCAUCUGGCGGUUGGUGAUAGGAGUGUUUCAGUUCCAGUCAUUCAUGGAAGCAGGGGAGGCCAGGAAGGAAACUACUACUACCAACACCAACGGCCAUGCUGUCAACAUUAACGGCUGUGCUGACAACACUAACGGCCACGCUGGCAACAUCAACGGCUGUGCUGACAAGACCAACGGCCAUGCUGACUCUGCUCUGCUGGUAGGGGCGUCUGUGAAUGGCUCACAGAGGGAUGCUAUCCGCCUGCUCAUUCAACCUGCUGUAGGCCUGCCUCCUGGCUGUCUUGAGCUGAGUCAGGCUGGUUUGGCGGCGGUGGUUGGAGAGAUUGAAGGGAAUCUGCAUGGGAGAGAGAGCAGCUGCAGCUGUGACGAGCCUGCGGAGCAGCAGCAGGUGGAAGGGGGUGGAGCGGGAGUGGAGGGAGGAGCAGCAGGAGGGGAGAACUGUGGAGGUGGAUAUGGCUUGGGAAGAGCAGACACCCUGGGUGGAAGAGGGCGAGGGAUUGGAGGUGGAGGAGGAGACACAGGGAGAGAUGGUGCGAGUUCACUUGGUGGCGGUGGGGAGGCAGACGAUCAAAGGGUGUUGGCUCAGCCGCCACUCCAUAUUCUGCAGUCCGUGCGACCCGAGCCUCUCAACGGCUAUAAUGACCAGGGCCAGGAGGGGCCAGCUGUCAGCAUGGCUCCUGUGAUCCACGGCAUGCUGCUGGCACAUCCAACGGCUGAGAAGCCUCAGGAGCUGGAGUGGGACGAUCUGAUCGCAGUGGUGCAGAGCCAAGCCAACAGCAUGUCGAUCUUCAGAGGGGUGACUCAUCACUGCCGCACAGGGCGGUGGGAGGCCCACAUCUGGGAGGAAGGGCGGCAGGUGUAUCUGGGAGGAUUUGAUUCUGAGAAGCAGGCAGCGCUGAUGUAUGACAUAGCUGCACUCAAGAUGAGGGGCGAGGACGCACAGACAAACCUACCGCCUGAGGAGUAUACCAAGUACACCAAGGAGAUAGAGGCUGUCCCAAAGGAGGAGCUAAUUCUGCUUCUGCGGCGUCAUAGCAAGGGCUUUGCUCGAGGAACCUCUAAGUAUAGAGGGGUGACCAAACACCAGAAGGGUCGGUGGGAGGCUAGGAUAGGGCAUGUUGAGGGGAAACGAUACGACUACCUGGGGUUGUUCGACACUCAGGAGCAAGCUGCCAUGGCUUACGACAGGGCUGCUGUGAGGCAGAGGGGGCAGCAGGCAGUCACCAACUUUGAUCUGGCCAUGUAUGCGGAAGAAAUCCGUGAGUUCAACCUUAUGGCACAGCACCUACAGCAGCAGAGGGCAAUCCAAGCGCAUUCCACCGUUCUCCACCACACAACCAGCGCUUUCGAGCCGGGAACUUUCGAUGCAUCUCACCACACAAGCAGCACUUACGAGCCGAGGAGCAGCGGGGUGGAUCAGCAAAGGAGGGUGAAUUCUGAGCCUAGCAUUCGGUCUGGCUUGCUGUUCGUUCAGCAGCAGGAGGAGCCGCAGUGGCAGACGCGUCAGCAGACGCUGCAGCAGCAGCAGCAGCAGCAGCAGGAGCUGUUGCUGAUGCAGCAUCAGCAGUUUCAGAUGCAGCAGCAGCAGCAGCAGCAGCAGCAGCAGCAGCAGCAGCAGCAGCAGCAGCAGCAACACCAACAACAGCAGCAGGAGCAGCAGCGGCAGGCGCAGCAGCAGCAGCAGCAGGCUCAGAUGCAGUAUCCCCAGAUUCCGCAGUUCCACCACCUCCCCUGGUCAGGUGCCUUGUCAGGUGCCUUGUCAGGUAGUGUCCUUCUGUCUCCCAGUAACCCUCCUCCUCCUGUUGCCGUCAAGAGUAAGUAUACUGCUGCUGCUAGCAACACACUAGUACCUGCUGCUGCCAAUGCUUUUCAUGGCCUCAGCAGCAGUAGUAGCGGUGGAAUGGGGAUGGACAGAAAGGGGAGCGGUGGGAUGGCUGCAGUCGACCUCUCUGGGUUCACAGGUCGUGGUGGGUUCACUGCAGCUGGGCUUUCAGCCUUCACACCACCUGCUUCUAAGCUUGUACCUCCUGGUUCCGGCCUCACACCACCUACAGCGCUCACAGCACCUACAGGGCUGACAGUACCAGGUCCUGAUGGAGGUGUAACCGCACAUGGUGGUGGGAUGGCUGGAGAAACUGGUGGGAUGGCAGCAGGUGCUCUGCGUGAGCUGUCAUGUCCCUCACAGCUGUCCCGCGCACGCUGCCGCCCCUCUCCAUCCCGGAACAAUCUUCCCUCUCUAUCCCCAGCAUAA